AUGGCAGACUCCGCAUCAGCACAGCCAAAGCUCAAUGCUGAGGACCCAAUGGCCGGCAUGGCGCACAGCGAAGCGCAUUACUUCAACAGCUACAACCACCACGGCAUCCACGAGGAAAUGUUGAAAGACGAAGUCCGCACCAAGUCCUACCGCGAUGCCAUCUACAACAACCGCCACAUCUUCAAAGACAAGGUUGUCCUCGACGUCGGAUGCGGUACCUCCAUCCUGAGCAUGUUCGCAGUCAAGGCUGGCGCAAAGCACGUAAUUGGUGUCGACAUGUCGACCAUCAUCUACAAGGCGAGGGAGAUUGUUGCGGCAAACGGCAUGUCGGACAAGAUUACCCUGCUGCAAGGCAAGAUGGAAGAGGUGGAGUUGCCGUUCCCAGAAGUCGACAUCAUCAUUUCUGAGUGGAUGGGAUACUUCUUGCUGUACGAGAGCAUGCUGGACACUGUGCUUUGGGCACGAGACCGAUACUUGAGGAAGGAUGGCCAGGGUCUGAUCUUCCCAGACAAGGCCACCAUCUUCAUGGCUGGUAUCGAGGAUGGCGAGUACAAGGACGAGAAAAUUGGAUUCUGGGAUAACGUCUACGGAUUCGACUACACCCCUCUCAAGCUGACCGCCCUGACCGAGCCGCUCGUUGACACCGUGGAACUCAAGGCUGUGGUCACCGAUCCUUCCGCAGUCCUCACUCUCGAUCUCUACAAGUGCACCACCGACGACCUCAACUUCUCCCUUCCCUUCAACCUUUCAGUCCGCCGAACUGACUACAUCCACGCCCUUAUCGCUUGGUUCGACAUUGAGUUCUCCGCCUGCCACAAGCCUGUGCGAUUCAGCACCGGCCCACACACAAAGUACACGCACUGGAAGCAGACUGUCUUCUACCUCGGUGACGUCCUGACUGUAGAGGCUGGAGAGAACGUGACGGGUAAGCUGAGCUGCAGACCGAACAACAGGAACCGGAGAGAUCUGGACAUUGCCAUCGACUACAAGCUCGAGACGGAGGAUAACAACAGAAUAGCGGACGGGCAUUGCGAGUACAAGAUGUGCUAG